AUGAAUAGCAAGAAAAGGAACAGAAGUGGAAAAAGCGAAUGCAUAACUUUGCCACUAGAAAAAACGGAGCUCCUAAUUGAGAACAUUUAUAAUUUGAGGAACGCAAUAUCUCUUUAUAGGAAGGAACUCCAGGAGAAAAACAAAUGCAUUAGUGACGUCAAGGGAGAGUUGACCUUUUACGAGUGCUUGUUGAGCAAUGUUAGCGUUGUGUGGGGUGUUUUCAACGAUGAUUUGUUGAGACUGGCGGGGGAGGAGGGGGCGAUCGGGGAUGGGCGGUGCGACGGGGGGGGAGUUGGCGCAGUUGGCGGCGACUGUGGCGACUGCGGAGACCCCCGGUGCGACGGCGCAGGGCAGGCGCAACCAUCCACGGGGCACUGCAAAGGAGCAGCCGCCCCCUACUACGAUGUAGAACAGUUUAAAAGAAUUUUUUUAAAAUACGUGAGUAAGAAUAACCAGGAGAGCGACGAAGAGGAGGACUCCCAAUUUUCUGAGGCCCCCUCGGAGGAUGACGCUUGUGGGGAAGGGAAGGGCGAAGUGGAGGAGAGGGGGGGGCUGCCCAAUGGAGGUGCCAUAAAGGGGGAACCCCUCCCGGGCGAUUUGAAAAAAAGCCAAAAGAGCAAAGAAGCGGUGUGCGGAAAGGACAAGGAGCGAAGCAGAAAACAGCGGAAUGAGUUUUCGUCGUCGAAGGAGGAGACACACUUGGAGGGCGAGGCGGCCCAGAAAGAAGCCCACAAAGAAACCCACGAAGCUAUCACCGCUGACGCACUGAGCGGAAGCCCGCUUAACAAAAAACUGCAGACGAUCCUUUUGACCAACAUGAGGAGAACCCUCGACGUGCUUAACAAAGUGGUGGGCUCCCCCCCAAAGGAGGUCCAAAAGGAGGUCCCAGAGGAGGCCCCAAAGGAGGCCCCAAACUACAGCAAAGAACACGUGAGGAAAUUAAAUUACGAAAGGAGGCUAUACUAUGAGAAGUAUAUAAGUGAAAGGAAAAAGAAAAACGAAAUGGAGAGUAAGUGUGAUGAACUGAGGAUAGAGUUAGACCGACUGGAAAAGAAGAGGACGUCUCUCCUUUUUAAGUUAAACAGUGAGAGUGUAUGUAACAGCAUUUUGGAGGAGGAGGACGCGGUGGAGAGCUCGGCGAAGGACCCGCUCAGUGGGGGGGGGUGCGCCAGGGGGGAGGAAAGCGCCACCGUUUGUGGGAAGUGCGGCAGCGCCUGUGCGAAGUGCGGCUUUGCCAGUUACGCCAGUGGGCGGUCCGGAGAUUCUGCGGUGAAAGGACCAGGGGGGGAGGAAACAGUAGGUGGUGGCAGCGCCCUCCCAAGUAACUCCCCCAUUGGCCCCCAAAGUGGUGACGGCCCCCCCGGGGAGGACCCCGCAGCGGCCUGCCUGCUCAACUUCGAAAAGGUCAUAACGAAGGAGAAGAUACUGCAGAGCGAGCCGUUCAGGCAACUGGUGAAGGAGUCCACCGAAGUGUAUAAAGAGCUGAAGGAGAGGGAAGGCGAAAUUGCGCUGUUGAAAAAUGAAAUUUUAAAAAGGGAGCAAAUGCGUGAUGAGGAAUAUGAGAGCCUCCUUAACGAUACUAUAAAUGAUAGGAAGAGCCUCUCGAGCAAAAUAAAAAGUUUGGAAGUGGAGGUCAUGACCAGCAGUAUGGAAAGGGAGAAGAUGCAAAAGAGGGUAAAUCUGAUGGAGCAUGAAAUUAAGACCAUGAAGGGGGUAGAAGCGAAUCAGGUUAUGCAAUUGGAGCAGAAGGAGAAAGAAAUUUGCAGAUUGAGAGUCUCCAUCGAUAAGUUAAAGGCAUCAGAGAGUACCCUACGGGAGAGGAUUACCUCUUUGGAAAGUGGAGCAGUUACCGGGGAGACAACCCUCAAUGGGGCAUGUGACGAGUUGGUAGCCGCGCCUGGAGCAGAUCUACACAGCGAGCUACUCGUGGAGAAUAAACAGCUAAAACGCGCUCUGGAAAAGAAGCAAAAUGCAGAAAAGGAACUCUCUGUGUUGAAGAAAAACUACGACGCAAUGAGCGAAGAAAUUGAAGAAAUAACAAAAGAAUUUGAAAAGAAACAGGAGCAAGUGGACGAAAUGAUCAUCCAAAUAAAAAACAAAGAAUUUGAGUCGCUUGAAAAGUAUAAAAAUGCGAUGAACAAAAUAUGCGUGGAGGAAAACAUCCAGCAACUGGAGAGGAGUUACCAGGAGAAAGUGUCCUCUAUUAAUCGAUUAUAUGAAAAGUAUGAAAGCUUUGCACAUGUAUAUUUGACUCUCUUUUAUUAUGCUAGGAGAAGUGCCGUCCUUUCGGAUAGCGCUCGUGAGGAACAAAUGAGUUUGUUUAUAAAAAUGAAAGAUAAAUGUGAAUCUAUUUUCCAGAGGAAGAACGAGCUCGCGGAGAUUCUUCAAACGGUGUACGGCUCGAAUCGGAAGCUCAUGGAUAAGUGCAACGCGCUCUAUAGGGAGAACCAGCACCUCGAGCGGGUCGCCACCCCCACCGGCGGUAAAGGCAGAAGGGACCCGAAGGACGCAUCGUGCAAGGGGGAAGCAAAAAGAGCGGGAGCGGAAGAAGAUGCAGACGAAGCUGACGAAGCUGACGAAGCUGACCAAGCUGACCAAGGCGAAGAAGAGCUGGAGGAGAGGCAGCUGCUAAUCGAAGAAAACAACGAACUGCGCAGACGGCUCAUGUGCAGCGUCUGCAUGGAAAACUUCAAAAACUACAUCAUCGUCAAGUGCGGCCACAUCUACUGUGAGAGCUGCAUCUUUAGCAACCUGAAGACGCGCAACAGGAAGUGCCCCCAGUGCAAAAUCCCCUUCGAUAAGAAGGACCUGCAGAAGAUCUUCCUCGACUGA